UUUAUAACCUGUUUUAUUUGCCCGCAUCACAAACCGAGAGGUCACAAGAGAUGCGUCUGUAGACUGGUAUCAGUCUGGAAGUGUACAGAGCACCAAUAUGGGGAAGUUGCAGGUGAAAUUUUGUAUUUUUCUGUGCUGGGCUCUGACGUCGAUGUACAGCGAUGCACAGCGAGAGUAUUUCAUCCAGCGCAAAAAUCUCACCUGGGUUGACGCCCGAAACUACUGUCAGGCCUGCUUCAAAGAGCUGGUGACACUGACUCCAGACAACAUUCAGGCCCUUGCCCGGGACAUCACCUCUGACCACUGGAUCGGUCUUCGCAAGAACUUUAACUUCAAAAACAACUCUAUCGACAACUCCACCGGCAACUUAACCAGCACUGUUGCAAGCUACACAGAAAGCUACUUCACCACACACUAUAUCAACAACAGUGACUCCAGCAGCCCCAUUAUGAACUGGACUCAGUGGGCCAACGGGGAUCCCCUAGCCUUCCAAAACUGGUACCCUGGCUGGCCGCUGCCUAAACCUUCCCCAAAACCUCCCAACAAAACCGUGUGCUGCAGCUGCUCCUGCACAUGCCCAGCAAGGCCAACAACACCCAUGACUACAAACGCAGAAUUCACAACGCCCAACACGACAACAACACAAUCAGGACAUAAUGUGACAAGUUGGAGUGAUGACCCGGCUGAAACAACUGAAUUCACACCAGACUUCACUGACCAAUCUGUUGUUACCGACGAAAGUACAACACACGCAACAAGAACGGAAAACAUGACGACCCGAAGAACAACUCCAUAUUUCACCACAAGUGCACCCUGGACGACCGCUGAGAUGCCAUUAGCAGCGCAGUGUGAGAAGUCGCCUGUGCAGGAGCCAGAAGAACCUGAAGACGAAGACGACAGUAAUGAUGAGAAUUACAUUGAAGACUCGUGUGUGGCCAUGCUCAGCUUCGGGCCGUGGAUUGAAAAGAGCUGCCUGGAGCAUCUGCCAUUUAUUUGUUAUGAAGAUCGCUUCAUGGGACAAGUCAGCGUCACCAAUAUAACUUUUGAGAGCGCCAACCUGACAUGGUUGGUUGCACCGGGCGAUAUCAGCCAUUAUCGGGUAGAGGUCGAAGGUCAAAAGGAUAACAAAACAUGGGAGUUUAACGUCACUGAUUUGACCUGUGGCCUCUCCAACCUGACAGCAGGCACCUCCUACUCGGUCCAGGUGUUCCCCGUCAAGUGUCAAAGAGACCUCAACCCAGAGAACGCCACCUUCUACACCAUACCUAAGGCAGUCACAAACCUGACAGUCAGUUAUGUGGAGAAAAACUCUGUCUGUCUGAGCUGGGAAAAACCACAGGGAAACGUGGAUUUCUAUCGUCUGACUUACGAGACCACCCUUGUUAAAGUGACAACAGAGACAAUAAAGGUUGAGCGUUUGAUACCUGGAACCCCCUACAAUUUCACUGUCGUCUCGGGAGUCAAUGACGCAUCUAAGUGGAGCUAUGAAGCUCACGUCUCAGCGUAUACCAAGCCUGAUAAAGUUUACAACCUGACAGUGUCUGGUAACACAAAAGAGUCGAUAUUGGUCAAAUGGGAUCAACCUGUGGGAAACUUCACAGAUAUCCUUGUGGUAGCUAACUACACGAAUAGCACGUAUGUAUUUGUAGAAAUCCAGCCACACUUAACAGUUUCUCUUUGUGACAGGAGCCUGUUUAAUACAACUGUAAAGUCCACUCAGCAGAACGUGACAGUAACAGGUCUGCCACCGGCCACACAUAUAUUCAUCUAUGUGACCGUGCGGGUCAACGAAGACCUGGUGGGAGAAACCAAAAUAAUCGACAGCUUCACAACUCCUGGACCGAUUUCAAAUUUGACUUUGACUACAACUAGUGAUUCCCUCACUGCUACCUGGGAGCCUCCUGUUGGUAGCGCUUUAAAUUUCACAGUUGAGCUCUGGCUCAACCAGAUACUUGUAAAUAAAACAAGUGUAUCAGACAAAAACAUCAUAUUCUAUAAUCUGAAGAAUGCUGCCAAUUACUCUGUGACCGUCUAUGCAGUGAGUGGACAAUUUACCAGCACGCCAGUGUCCGCCUACAAGUUCACCCUGCCAAAUCCUCCUAUUGAUCCCAAAGUCACUAGUGUCAGUAACGACAGCAUCACCUUUGCCUGGGACGCACCUAAAAACACAUUAUCACCCACGUAUGGUGUCACACUCAACUCCAGCUUCUGGGGUCACAGUUGGAGUAAUACAACUGAUAAAACCACGUUUACAUUUUCUGGCCUGACAUCAGGGACCACCUAUAAUUUCAGUGUGUACGCAAUCGCUGACGGACGGGAAAGUGCCCCAGUACACUGUGCAGGAGUCACAGAUGGAUUGGGCUCUAGUAAGUUGGAAAAACUACGCUUUGACACCCCAGGAAUCAAACCAGAGACCAAGAGAUGA